CCGUCUUUCUAUUGCUCCAAAGGGUUUUUUUUUAUUCUCAACCGAACUCGUUGAAAAGAUAAACGUAAAUAAUAAGAUUCCUUGUAACUGUUGCCCACAUUGAUGGCCGUGGUUCCAUGAUUUAUAUUGAGCCUGCGUGCUGCCGAUUCAAGGAGUCGAGUCCAUGCGAUCUACCGUCUGAUCCACGCUUAUCAAUGAAGCCGGAGAUCAUGGCGGAUGGCCCCAGGUGUAAGAGGCGAAAACAAGCCAACCCCAGAAGAAAAAACGCAGUGCUGAACUACGAGAACGUCGUGGAGACGGGCUCGGAGACGGACGAGGAUGACAAGCUGCUGGUCUCGGAGGAGGAGCACGGCCUUCUCAACGGGGAAAGGGGGGAGGGCAGCCCGGCAGGCGCGCCCAAUCGCGAGGCCUCCCCGCGGCCGGGGCACGCGCCGGUGACCAAGGAGGACGAGGACAUGAGGGACAGCGGGGUGGACCACGAUUGGCCCGACAGCGAUAUGCUGCGAGUCUCAUUGGACGGUACUGAUGAAAUGAAAGAUGAGUAUGACACUAUGGGGCCUGAAGCCACUCUUGAGACGAUUGGAAACGGUACAGUGAAAAAUAUGGAUUGCACUUCCGAAUUCGAGGAGUUCUUUGCCAAACGGAAGCUGGAGGAGAGCCACGGAGUGAGCAUCGAGGAGUACCUGCAGCGCAGCGACACUGCCAUCAUUUACCCAGAAGCCCCCGAGGAGCUGUCACGGCUGGGCACGCCCGAGGCCAACGGACAGGAAGAAAAUGAGCUACAGCCCGGAACUCCGGACGCGUUCGCCCAGCUGUUGACCUGCCCCUACUGCGACCGCGGGUACAAGCGCCUGACGUCCCUCAAGGAGCACAUCAAAUACCGCCACGAGAAGAACGAGGAGAGCUUCACCUGCCCACUGUGCAGCUACUCCUUUGCUCACCGCACACAGCUGGAGAGGCAUAUGGCCACACACAAGCCGGGCCGAGAGCAGCACCAACUGCUGACCCAAGGGGCCGGUAACCGCAAGUUCAAAUGCACAGAAUGUGGCAAGGCCUUCAAAUACAAACACCAUCUGAAGGAACACCUGCGGAUUCACAGCGGUGAGAAGCCGUACGAAUGCCCAAACUGCAAGAAGCGCUUCUCCCACUCCGGCUCCUACAGCUCCCACAUCAGCAGCAAGAAGUGCAUUGGCCUGAUCGCGGUCAACGGCCGAAUGCGAGGGGGCAUGAAGCCGGGCUCCUCGCCCACGUCAGCGUCCUCCUCCCCCACCAACUCCGCCAUCACACAGCUGCGGCACAAGCUGGAGAAUGGCAAGCCUCUGGGCCAGGACCAGGCCGGCCACCUCGACAUCAAGGCAGAGCCGCUGGACUUCAAUGACUACAAGCUCAUGAUGGCCUCCCACGGGUUCGGCGGCGGCGGGCCAGGGCCCUACACCAAUGGGAUGGGGGGCGGGAGCCCUCUGGGCAUCCACGGCACGGCCCAGAGCCCCCUGGCGCACAUGCGGAUGGGCAUGGACUCGCCGAUGCUGGGCUACCCCGCCCUGAGCAACAACCUGAGCGAGGUGCACAGGGUCCUCCAAAUUGUGGACAACACCGUGUGCCGGCAGAAGAUGGACUGCAAGCCCGAGGACAUCUCCAAGCUUAAGGCCUACAUGAAGGAGCUUGGGUCACAGAUCGAGGAGCAGAAGCAGGGCCUAGCGUCCUCCGGAGUUCUCCCAGUCGCUCUUCCAGUGGUCGGGCCCAAUGGUGCCACCAAAAGCAUCAUCGACUACACACUAGAGAAGGUGAACGAAGCCAAAGCUUGCCUCCAGAGCUUGACCGCAGACUCAAAGAGACAGAUUAGCAAUAUCAAAAAGGAAAAGUCCAAUCACGUGUUAGACAUUGGCGGAGAGGACAAGGUGCAUGAAGGCAACAUGCCGUUUACACCUUUCGCUUGCCAGUACUGCAAAGAAACUUUCCCAGGUCCAAUUCCCUUACACCAGCACGAACGUUACCUGUGUAAAAUGAACGAGGAGAUUAAGGCAGUCCUGCAGCCUAACGACAACCUGGCGCCCAACAAGCUGGGGGCGUUCAGUGACAAGCGGCCCUUCCUGCUCUCCUCCAUGCUCUCUGAGAAGGGGGUGGCGAACCCUCUCAACCCGUACAAGGACCACAUGUCUGUGCUCAAAGCGUAUUUCGCCAUGAACAUGGAGCCCAAUUCAGAGGAACUACUGAAGAUUUCCAUAGCGGUCGGCCUCCCUCAGGAAUUUGUGAAAGAGUGGUUCGAGCAGCGGAAAGUCUAUCAGUACGGCAACGCCAGGACCCCGCCGUUAGAGCGUAGCAACGCAGAAGUGGAGCUAGCUGCCGCCAACCACACCCCGGCUAAAGACUCCAUUACAGCCAGGUCGCCGGUGUCUUUGAUUAAGACCACAGACCGGAUCACGUCCCCCUCCAUAGCGGAGCUCCACAACAAUGUCAACAACUGUGACACCCCCCUCAGGCUUUCGAGAACCGCCCAGUUCUCUGGCGCCAAGCCAACGGGUGAGAAGUUGGACCACUCAAGGAGCAACACUCCUUCCCCCUUGAACCUCUCCUCCACGUCUUCGAAAAACUCCCACAGCAGCUCGUACACUCCAAACAGCUUCACCUCGGAGGACCUGCAGGCCGAACCGCUGGACCUGUCGUUGCCAAAACUGCUGAGGGAGCCCAAAAGCAUCCCGACCGUAAAGAACAGGCCCAAACCCAACAACAUUACCGUCGACCACAACAGCGUUUCCUCCCCGCGAGAGCACUUGGAGGAGCCCCUCAACUUGGCCUAUCUGAAGAAGGAGUUCGCCGGCUGCGCCAACGGCAACAGCCACAACCACAACCUCGAGAAAAGCACUAGCCCCAUGUUCGGUAUUAACCCCUUCGGUGCCAAACCUUUGUACACGUCGCUUCCGCCACAGGGCGCGUUUGCUCCGGCCCCCUUCAUGCCCCCAGUCCAAGCCAGCAUCCCCGGGUUGAGGCCAUACCCGGGACUGGAUCAAAUGAGCUUCCUACCGCCCAUGGCCUACACUUAUGCAGCAGGAGCAGCUACUUUUGCUGAAAUGCAGCAAAGGAGGAAAUACCAGCGGAAACCAGGUUUCCAGGGGGAGUUGCUUGACGGAACAGCAGACUAUAUGUCAGGCUUGGAAGACCUGACGGACGCUGAGUCCUGUCUCUCGCGGAAGAAGAUUAAGAAGACCGAAAGUGGUAUGUACGCGUGUGACUUGUGCGACAAAACUUUCCAGAAGAGCAGUUCCCUUCUAAGACACAAAUAUGAACACACAGGUAAACGACCGCACCAGUGUCAAAUCUGCAAGAAAGCGUUCAAACAUAAGCACCACCUUAUUGAGCAUUCGAGACUACACUCAGGGGAGAAGCCGUACCAGUGCGACAAGUGUGGGAAACGCUUCUCCCACUCAGGCUCCUACUCCCAGCACAUGAACCACCGCUACUCCUACUGCAAGCGGGAGGCUGAGGAGCGGGAGGCAGCCGAGAGGGAGGCGCGUGAGAAGGGCCAUCUGGAGCCCACAGAGCUACUGAUGAACCGGGCGUACUUACAGGGCAUCACUCCUCAGGGUUAUUCUGACCUGGAGGGGCGGGACGGCAUUCUGAGGGGCGGGGCGGAGGGCGGGGCCAGAGAAAGGCAGGCGGAAGUGGAAGGAACGUACGGGAAGAUGGAGGAGUUCGAAUUCGAGGAAGAGGAGAGCGAGAUCAAGAGCAUGGACACGGACCCGGACACGCUGGGGAGGGACGAGGAGGAGAACGGAGAGCACUCGAUGGACGAAAGCUCGGUGGAUGGGAAAACGGAAACCAAAUCAGACCACGAGGACAAUGUGGAGGAUGGCGUGUAAUUAACUACUGCAUUCAAAAGCUUCACUCCUUUUCGUUUUUUUUUUUUUUUCAUGUUUGUUUGUUUCUGUUGUUCUGGUUUUUUUUUCCUGGUUGUAUUUGUUACCUGCUUGGUUUCAAAACACGCUGCUGUGUUUAAGCUGUACGUGCACGUGCCUGAAGCUUCCGAGAAGCUUGUAACGACGGACUCGGGUUCGAGGGUGGCAAUUCUGAUUUGAAGUCUGAGUUUGGGCGGGGGUUGGGGCUGGGAGGUAGCGGCAGGGAUUGUUUCAGAAGCUGCAUUAUGCAAAAAAAAAAAAGAAAAAAGAAAAAAAUAAAGACAUACAUUUUAAACAUUGUACAGUAUUAAGGCCUAAAAGAUGUGUGGUGCUAACAUUCUAAAUCCCUGUGUUUCAUAGUAUCUAUAGCACAAACUAGUGACUUGUACAAAUUGCACUCCGCUUCUAUAUUCACUACAAAAAUAAUAAAAAAGUAUUGCCUGUGUAUAUUUAUACAGUGUUUAAAAAAUACAGUAGUGCCUGCACUACAGUUCAUCAGUAUUAUUACUUAUCCACAACUUAAUGUGUUGUCUACAGUUUGCCCUUUUUCAGGCCAUCUAACCACACAGUUCUAGGCCUCAGAAUUUCUAUAAAUGAAGGAACUUUAAUAAUACCUGUGUGAUUUCAAGAUAUUGAAGUCUUAAAGUGACUGUGAGAUGAAGGACAGAAUGGUAUGAUGAAAGAGGGAAGAACGACAUUGUGUUAUGAAGGAGAAAGCCUUUGUAAGGUGUUUUUUUUUUUUU